AUGGCCGGUGAGGGUGCGGCCCAGUUUGGUCCCCUCGAUCAAUGCUCGUGGAAGUCGGGCGCGCUCGUCCUGGAGCGGGGGCCGGUGAUGACGCUCGGUGUGGAGGGGCCGGUGAUGAAGAGGAAGGCUGAAGUUGCGGCGUUGCCCACCGAGGAUCAACCGUACGAGGGGUUGCUCACCAAAAGGAAGGUUGAAGAACCCGCGGCCGGCUGCUUAAAGGGCGAGAAGCCUGCUGAUGAUGUGGUGGCCGCCGCCGCCGCCGGUGGCGAGGACGAAGCGGUUAAGACGGCCGCGGGUAAGGCGCCGACGGCCGCGGGGAUGAAUCUGAGAGCCGGCUUGGUGGUGGACGACGAGCUGCUCGAGCACCUGGAGUGGGUAAAGAGCCUUAACCUCCCUCCCCUUGAAAACCUUAUCCCUGGUUUGGUGUUCAGCAACCGUCGGUCCGAUUUCUACAACGAGAGCAGUGACGAGGAGGAAGAGGGGGAGGAGGUUGUUCGGGAGCUCAACACAAACUGA